UUUAUGUCUAAUCAUAGGGAAAGUUUGGCGGUAGUUCAACUGAUAUUUGUCCGUGAUUCGAUUCGCCAUGGCUCUCCGCGUGCAGUUCGAAAAUAACAACGAAGUUGGCGUGUUUUCAAAGCUCACGAAUAAAUAUUGCCUUGUUGGGUUUGGAGCCACUGAAACUUUUUACAGCGUUUUUGAAGCGGAGUUGAGCGACAUAAUCCCCGUUGUUCAUGCAUCUGUUGCAGAUUGCCGAAUUAUCGGCCGAUUAACAGCUGGUUUGUUACCCCAUAUCAUCGAAACUGAGGAGAUAAUCCAUGACGUCUUGAAGGUCGAGGUUUUCCGAAGAGAUGUUGCUGAUCAACACCUUGUUGGAUCUUAUUCGGUUCUCAGUAAUCAAGGGGCAUUAGUGCAUCCGAAAACAUCUUCACAAAGUCAGGACGAACUUUCGGCUCUCCUGCAAGUCCCGGUUGUGGCAGGGAGCGUAAACAGAGGAUCGGACGUGGUUGGCGCUGGAAUGGUGGUGAAUGACUGGUGUGCUUUUUGUGGUCUUGACACAACGUCGACCGAAUUGUCAGUGAUCGAAAGCAUCUUCAGAAUUACAGACGCUGGACCGGAAGCUGUCAGAACCACGAUGAAGCCAUCGUUGAUUGACACAUUGGCUUGAAGAACCGGUAUCGUUCCAUGCAUGUUUUGGAAUAAUUCGCUCUCCGGAAUUCCGCGUGAAGUGUAUCUUUUUCCAUCGGAUGUUUAAACGGAGGAUUAAAUGUUCUGCCCGGUCA